AAAAUCUUCCCUCCGCCCGCUUCCAUAAAAAGCUGACUCCAGAAAAGAGCAGAAGAUUUCCAUUAAUGGCGAUCUCAAAAACCCUAAUUCCAUUUCGAGCAACUUAACCGUCACGAGGAACCCUAACCCUAGCCCUAGCUAUUAAUGGGGUUCCAGCUCCACAACGUAACCAACACCGCCACCUCCAAGGACCAAAUCGAUGGCCGCAGCGUCAACAGCCCUAGAUUCACCGGCAACGUGACUCGCCGUGGACACUCCUUCAAGCGAGGGACCAGCGGCGGCGAUCGCCACGAGAUCGAGCUCCAGAUCAACUCCCCGAGGUCGGAGAGCCCCGCCGGAGGAUCGCCGACGGCGGAGGCGACGGCGGAGGAGCGGUGGCAGGGGAACCAGCAGGGGAGGAAUCUUAGGUUUAGGAUUGGAUUGGGGAGGGAAAUGUUUAAGAGGCAGUCGCAGGUGGCGGGGAUCGUGGAUCUAGGGUUUCGAGAGAGGAGGAGGAUUGGGAAUUUGUUGUUCCUUGCGUUCUGUGGCGUUUGCUUGAUGCUCGGGGUAGUGAAGAUCUUUGCUGGUGGUUGGUUAGGGUUUACAGGGAUUUUGGAGCAGCAGGGAGAGUAUCGGGAUUUAUCUGGCACCCAAUUUUCCGGUCAAAAGGUUCAAAUAUCUCAUGAUCAUGGGCAUAGGGGGCUUAGUGACAGUGAAAGAACUCUGAAAACGGUAUCAUCAGGAGCAGGAGAUCAAAAUGGUUUUGUUGAGCUUAAAGGAAUAUGGGCCAAACCAAACAGUGAAAAUUUCACGCAGUGCAUUGGCCAUGUGGAUCACCAAAAAAAGCUGGAUGCUAAGACCAAUGGUUACCUACUGAUAAAUGCGAAUGGGGGCUUAAAUCAGAUGAGAUUUGGGAUUUGUGAUAUGGUUGCCGUUGCUAAGAUCAUGAAGGCAACACUAGUUCUCCCUUCACUUGAUCACUCCUCCUACUGGGCAGAUGAAAGCGACUUCAAGGAUCUUUUUGAUUGGAAGCAUUUCAUUGAGACCUUAAAGGAUGAGGUUCACAUAGUUGAGAAACUGCCAAUUUCACACGAGAAAAUUGAACCUUUUACAAAGGCCCCUAUAUCCUGGUCUAAGGUCAAUUACUAUAAAUCAGAUGUUCUCCCACUUUUGAAACAGCACAAGGUUAUGUACUUCACCCAUACAGACUCCCGACUGGCGAACAAUGGACUUCCAACAUCUGUUCAGAAGCUGAGAUGUCGUGUAAACUACAGAGCAUUGAAAUAUUCAGCCUCAAUUCAAGAGCUGGGUGCCACCUUAAUAUCAAGGAUACGCCAAGAUGGAAGCCCUUAUAUUGCUCUUCAUUUACGAUAUGAAAAAGACAUGCUCGCCUUCACAGGUUGCAGUCACAGUUUGACAUCUGAGGAAGCAGAAGAAUUACGGCAAAUGCGUUAUGAAGUAAGUCACUGGAAGGAGAAAGAAAUUGAUGCAGUUGAGAGGCGGAACCUGGGCGGUUGUCCUUUAACUCCAAGAGAGACUUCCCUUCUGCUUAAAGCAUUAGGGUUUCCGUCAAGCACACGAAUAUACUUGGUGGCUGGUGAGGCCUUUGGAAAUGGAAGUAUGCAGUAUCUUACGAAUGAUUUCCCCAACAUCUACUCUCAUUCUACUCUAGCAACAGAAGAAGAACUCAGUCCUUUCAAAAAUCACCAGAACAUGCUGGCUGGAUUGGAUUACAUUGUUGCUCUUCAGAGUGAUGUUUUCAUUUAUACUUAUGAUGGGAAUAUGGCAAAGGCCGUGCAGGGACACAGGCGAUUUGAAAACUUUAGACAAACCAUCAGCCCGGACAGGUUAAAUAUUGUAAAAUUCGUUGAUGAGUUCGAUGAAGGGAAUAUCUCUUGGAAAAAGUUUAGUUUAAAGUUGAAAAAACUACACAGAGACAGAAUUGGUGGUCCAUAUUAUAGAGAGCCUGGAGAGUUUCCGAAGCUGGAAGAGAGUUUUUACGCCAAUCCCCUGCCAGGCUGCAUUUGUGAAAAAUCACAUAAAAGGGAAUAAACUGAUUCUCCAGAGGCCAUGAUUUCUCUUCUUGCUCCCUGGUCUUUGGGGACACUGGUACAGGAUAUACAGAAACUCCUUAUAGCAGCUACGGAUAUCAGUUCUUUUCGCUAACAUUCAUCAUAAAAUCUCUAAAGAUAACAUUCUUCCGAUUCAAUUGAUAGUUUCUUGUUCGAAGGAGUAGAGUUGAAGCUUUCCAGUUUCCAGAGCCUAUACGCUAAAAGGAAUAGAAUACAUCGCCAUAUCCAGAAAAGAGAUUUGGGGGCGGAAGGGACUGCUACGACAAUGGAUGGAUAUAACUAACAUGGAACUCGCUGUCGCAGUCUGUUAAGCCCGUAACAAUUGGUGGCUACCGUGUGCAUCAGGAUGCUUAUUCUUCCUACUAUAGAAAAUUUAACAAUCCUGGAAGCAAGUGUGAGUAAUUCUUAGAGGGAAGAAUAGUUAAUUGACGAGGGAAUUCUUUUUUGUCAGUUUUUGCCAGUUAUUGAUGGAUAUUGCUGUUGUUUAUGUGACCUUUUAUAUGAUGCAUAAUAAAGGCAUCAAGCCUGUUCAUCUUUCUUC